CUUGCCCUGUUAAAAAACAGCUUUAUUUCUUCUCUAGGUUCCGAAUAUGAUCUUGUAUUAGUAAGACCUUACAUCGAGUGUGGCGUGACACAUGGAAAGACCGACUUCCUAAUGUCUAUGUACAACAAGGGCUCCACCUCUGAAGAUAUUGAUUAUUUGGCCAGCGGUCUCCUAAUUGAAAUAUUAGAGCACAUAGGAAGCAAAAAGCUCAUUAUUGCCAGAAUCAGCUUUAUUGGCUUCUCUCUGGGCGCUCUGGUAAUACGCGCAGCUCUGUGGAGACCUGAAUUUGAAGCCUUCCUUGGAAACCUGCACACUUUCCUCUCCUUUGGUGGACCACAUAUGGGUCUUAUGUGCCACAGCAGAAAUCUGUUUAAAACUGGCCUGUGGCUUGAGCAGCUGUUCGAUAAAUCUGUCUCCGUAUCCCAGAUGGCAUUCACAGAUCACAAAGACCCAAGACAAACGUUCCUGUACAAACUUAGCCAGAAAACAGGCUUGGAACACUUCAAGAAUGUGAUUCUAGUGAGCGCGUUACAAGAUCACAUUGUUCCCUAUCACUCCACUCGUAUUGAAAUGUGCAAAGCUGCUCUGAAGGGAGAUGAGAUAGGAACUGUUUAUACUGAGAUGCUCCGAAACACCCUUGAGCCUAUUCUAAAGAACAAGAACUGUAACUUUGUGAGAUACGACGUUAGUUUUGAUGUGCCCAAAUCAUUCAAUUCUUUCAUUGGACGUACGGGCCACUGCGCAUUCGUUUCAUCUUGGCAAUUUUUGGAGAACUUCUUUCACAAUGCUGGCCUGAAAUAUUUUGAAUAGAAGAAAUGUGAUGCCCGACAUGUUUAAUGCUAUUGAAGUGCCAGAGACAUGGAGUUGCAGAACCUUUACUACCUUGUUGCACAAUGAACUAACAACACUGACUUCUCUUCUACACUAUACGAGCUGACGCCAAAGGCAAAAGAAGAAGAAGAUUCCAGAAACAUCUUUAUCUUACAGCGCUGCAUAUAUCCAUGUAUAUUUCCUUAUACUGUAUAUACCUUUGUAUGUAGCACUUUGUAUAUAAACAUUUGUAAAAUGUAUAUAUUCUU